AUGCAUAUCAGCCGUCUUCUGUUCUUUUUGACCCCCUUGCUGGUCAAGGGUCAGCUCUCCGGUAGCGUCGGUCCGCUUACAUCGGCCAGCUCCAAGAGCCAAACCAAGACUUGCAAUGUUCUCGACUACGGCGCCGUAGCCGACAAGUCUACGGAUAUCGGGCCUGCCCUGUCAUCUGCCUGGGAUGAGUGCGCCGAUGGUGGAGUUGUCUACAUCCCCCCGGGUGACUACGCGAUCGAGACCUGGGUGAAGCUGUCGGGUGGAAAGGCCUGUGCCAUCCAGCUGGACGGUAUCAUCUACCGUACCGGUACGGACGGCGGUAACAUGAUCAUGAUCGAGCACAGCUCCGACUUCGAGUUCUUCAGCAGUACCUCCGAGGGUGCAUUCCAAGGGUACGGAUACGAGUUCCAUGCCAAGGGCUCGUCAGAUGGCCCGCGGAUUUUGAGGCUUUACGACGUGACGGACUUCUCGGUGCACGACGUCGCGCUUGUCGAUUCGCCCCUCUUCCACUUCUCAAUCGACACCUGCACCAACGGAGAGGUUUACAACAUGGCUAUCCGCGGUGGCAACAUGGGAGGCCUGGACGGCAUUGAUGUCUGGAGUACAAACGUGUGGAUCCACGAUGUCGAGGUGACAAACAAGGACGAAUGUGUCACUGUCAAGAGCCCCUCCAAGAACAUCCUCGUUGAGAACAUCUACUGUAACUGGAGUGGAGGCUGCGCCAUGGGCUCUCUGGGCACCGACACCGACAUCUCCGACAUUGUGUACCGUAACAUCUACACCUGGAACUCCAACCAGAUGUACAUGGUCAAGAGCAACGGGGGCAGCGGAACGGUGUCCAACCUUGUGCUGGAGAACUUCAUCGGCCACGGAAACGCAUACUCGCUCGAUAUCGACGGCGCCUGGAGCAGCAUGAGCACGAUCGACGGCGACGGUGUCGAAUUGAAGAACGUGACGGUUCGCAACUGGAAGGGAACCGAGGAAAACGGAUCUCAGCGAGGCCCGAUCAAGGUGAAAUGCGCGUCCGGAGCCCCUUGCACGGACGUGACGAUCGAAGACUUCGCCAUGUGGACUGAAUCUGGUGAUGAGCAGACGUAUCUCUGCGAGAACGCGUUUGGCACCGGAUUCUGUCUGGAAGACGGAGACGGAGACUCGACCUUCACGUCGACGCUGACCGCCUCGGCCGCCCCGGCGUCUUACUCCGCCCCCAGCAUGGACGCCGACCUGCAGACCGCCUUUGGCACCGACAGCGAAAUCCCCAUCCCCACCAUCCCGACCUCCUUCUACCCCGGUGCUACUCCCUACAGUGCCCUCGUCGGAGCCUCAGCUUCUUCAACUUCUGUUGCAUCCUCGGGCGCCGAGGAAAAGGUCAUUGCUAGCCCUGCAUCCAGCUCGUCUACUGCGACUCCCGCCGCUUCCACAGCUUCCGCGGCUCCUACGGCUCCCACUGGGGUCGAUGCCGUUUCCGCGUCCACUGCCAGUGCGAAGCCCACUGGGCAUGGGAAGUCUCACCACAAGCACCAGUGCCGUGCCCACCGCCACUAA